AUGGCGGACGAAAGAGAGCCUCCCCCGUUUGAGGAGUAUUACAGCAUCAAAGAUGAAGAUGAUUUAUUUGCCGAUGCCAGUGAGACAAAAAAAGAAGAACCUGCUAGUUUGGUAUUGAAUGAUGAAAGCAAUGGCCCUGCCAGUUUGCCUGACACUAAGCUAAAAACAGAAGACCUGUUUGCAGGCGGGACUGAGAUAGCUCUGGACUCUGAGCCGGAGAUGAUCCCAUCGGAAACUCCUACUGAUGCUCAACCGGCUGGAAGUACCCUCCCUACUCUUGAAAGUGGAGGUACAGAGGUCAAACUGGAUUCUGAUGCUGAAGAGACAGAGACACCACCUGGUGCCCAGCCUGCUGGAAGUUCUCUCCCUUCGGUUGUGAGUGAGUCAUCAAGAGCUGAUGAGGAACCACCAAGGGUUGGAAUAACACACACUUCAACCACUUCUACAGCCAUGUCUGCCACCGCUAUUAAACAAGCCAAGGAUGAGAUUGAAGAGGAAGAUCCUUAUAGCAUUGAGAUCAAGGUUUGCGAGCCCCAAAGAAUGGGGGAUGGUAUGGGAGCUUACAUUGUCUACAAAGUCAUAACCAAGACAAAUAUUCCUGCAUUCCGUAAGAGUACAAUGACAGUUUUGCGCCGAUUUAGUGACUUUCUUGGGUUGCAUGAAAAACUGGCACUAAAAUAUAUACAUCUUGGACGUAUUGUACCACCAGCACCGGAAAAAAGUGUUAUUGGAAUGACUAAAAUCAAGAUGAACAAAGAGGAAUCCGGAUCUGUUGAAUUUAUUGAGAGACGAAGACUUGCUUUGGAACGGUUUUUGGUUCGAACUAGUGCCCAUCCUGUACUGAGGAUGGACCCUGAUUUCAGAGACUUCCUUGAACAAGAUGGUGACCUUCCCCGUGCUACCAGCACCUCUGCUCUGAGUGGAGCUGGUGUUAUGCGCCUUUUUCACAGAGUUGGUGAUGCUGUUGAGAAAAUCACUUACAAGAUGGAUGAAACUGAUGAGUGGUUUGAAGAAAAGCAACAACAAAUAGAGUCUCUUGAUACCCAACUUCAAAAACUACACAGAAGUGUGGAAGCUCUUGUACAACACAGGCGAGAGUUAAGUAUGACUACUGGUCAAUUUGCUAAGAGUGCUGCUAUGCUUGGCAAUGCUGAGGAGCACACAGCUCUGUCUCGAGCCUUGUCGCAGUUAGCUGAAACAGAAGAGAAGGUUGAACAGUUGCACAAAGAGCAGGCAGAUGAGGAUUAUUAUGUUAUCUCUGAGCUGCUGAAGGAUUACAUCAACAUGAUACAAUCAGUAAAGGAAGUAUUCCACGAACGUGUCAAGUGUUACAGGAAUUGGAAAGAUGCUGAAGUUAUGUUGGCAAGGAAACGUGAAAACAAAGCUCGUUUGGAAAUGGCCCACAAGACUGAUAAAGUACCCCAAGCACAGCAAGAAAUUACUGAGUGGGAACAGAAAGUUGAGAAAGGACAGGAAGACUUUGAGAAGAUAUCUGAUAUGAUCCGUAAGGAAGUGAAGCGCUUUGAAGUGUGUCGAGUGACUGACUUUAAAACUGUUGUCAUCUCAUACCUGGAACAUUUAAUGGAAACUCAGCAGAAGUUGAUCAAACACUGGGAAGCCUUUCUCCCUGAAGCCAAAGCAAUUGUGUGA